AUCAAUAUCAAAUAAAUAAUGGAAAUGACCGAGAAAUUUAGCAGAAAAAAUAGAGAAUUUUGUUUUUGUAACAGCUGCAUGGGUAAAAAUAAAUAACUUGGAACUUUGAGCGUCUAUUUCUUGUUAUUUUUUUAUCUAAGUUAUCAAUCAACCAGCUGCGGCAUCCCUUUUAUUAUUGUUUUAGUGUGGGUGGAACGCAAGUGGUAAUGAAUUAUAUUUUGAUAAUCAAAAACUAUGGAACAUCCGUUCGGCGUGUGAACAGUUUUUCACCUUCUCUUGUAUCGCCAUGUUUUCAAAACAGUUUAAUUAAAACCUAAGCCCGUAAAUAAGCAAUCUGGUGGCGCUUUUAUUGAUUACCUACAAUGCAAAUUCAGUAUACCUUGAUCCCGUACAUACAAAAGCAGUUCACUUAAACCGUUAUGUGUAUCGGAUCUGUACACCGCAUUGUGUAGGAACUAAACAUUACUGCGGGUGCUAGAGAAAGACAGGUGUAGGUGUGUUCGCUCUGCUCAAGUCCCUUCCUCACUUUCAGUGGGCCCAACAAGGACAGCGCUAAUGCGUGAACAGAAUGAAGAGGACAGUCCACACAUCUGUGACGUCUCUAGAAUGCCACCCUCUGAGCUUGGCCAAUGGGCACGCCGAUCCAGGCGGGGCGUGGCCUGCCAUGACCAUCCGUACCGCUCGCACCCUUGUGGCCAGGCUCUCAGCCAUUUUGCUCGGAAUCAGACAUAGUUCGAACACCGCGCCGACCGCACGUUACUGAGUUCCGACGAUGUUCCGAUUGAUUCUCUGCAAAUACAAGUAUAAUAUUUACAAUACAAAGUGUUCUCAAAUCGUGUGCACGUCAAAAAUCCAGUGCUUGAGUGGCUCCGAUAAGCUAGUGUCGCUAAUGUGUACAUAAUAUGUACGACACAUGAUUACCUGUGACAGUGAUUACCAAUAAUUGUUAACACUUAUCAACACAUUGAAGAAAGAUCGCAUCAUCAUCGCAUGCGGACAUGCCAGAACGACACCGCAACAAUGGCGCAGUCAAAUCGUUCGAUUUGGUGAUCUUCGCGGAUGGAAACAAAAAAACGCUGUAGUCUGGAUGUAAGCAAGGCAAAUGGCUCACUCUGACUUGGCUGCUUCGCAGGCGACCACAUCCGAUCGGGAUCAUGUGAACACGUCGAGCAACGAGAAUGUGCCCAAGCAGCCAACGUUGUCUAGUAUCUAUCCUCUUGGAACGCAGAGAAACUCCCACUCGCAGUCGCAUUCGCACUCGCAAGCCACGACAAUGGCUUUGGAACAGUACCGCCUGCAGUUGUACAACUACGCUUUGAGCAUCGAACGCUUCCGCUGUCCGCAGUAUGGCGCAGGAGGAGGUGGAGGAGUUGGAGGAGUUGGAGGAGUUGGAGGAGGUGGAGGAGCGGGUGCCCCGUGGCUGCACCUGAGCCCCUACGGACACCAGGGGUCGGGCAGCAUUGCGGGAGCGAACCGCAUGGCCGCCCUGUCGACCAUUUCGCUGUUCCCGCAGACGCAGCGCAUUUUCCAGCCAGAGGAGCCCAAGCCGCAGCACAGCUACAUUGGGCUGAUAGCCAUGGCCAUUCUGAGCUCGGCCGAACUGAAGUUGGUCCUCUCAGACAUUUACCAGUACAUUUUGGAUAACUAUCCGUAUUUUAGAAGCCGCGGCCCGGGCUGGAGGAACUCCAUCAGGCACAACCUCUCGCUAAACGACUGCUUUAUCAAGUCCGGCCGCAGUGCCAAUGGCAAGGGGCACUACUGGGCCAUCCACCCGGCCAACAUGGAUGACUUCCGCAAGGGCGACUUCCGACGCCGCAAGGCCCAGCGCAAGGUGCGCAAGCACAUGGGUCUGUCGGUGGACGACGCCAGCACCGACUCGCCCAGCCCGCCCCCCCUGGACCUCACCACCCCGCCUCCGCCCGGCGCGCAGUCCGCCCUUCCACUGUCGACUCUGGGAUACCCGUACCCGCACCAGCAGUACAUCGGCCAGUUCCUCAACCGGAGCUCGGCACCAGCCAUCUCGUCCCACUAUCCCGCCGAUCCGCCCGUGCUCGUGCCGCGACUCCAGCCCACCCAGCUCGACCAGCUUCAGCUCCAGCUCCAGCAGCCGCAUCAGCAUCAGCACCAGCACCAGCAUCAGCACAUCGCCUACAUCAACUCCACCACGACGACGACCAUUGCGAACAUGUUCUCGCAGACUCGCAAGCGGCAGUUCGACGUGGCCUCGCUGCUGGCACCCGACGUCCAGAUCGUCGACAUUGUGUCCGAGGACCAGGAGUCCGCGGUGAGACCAGCUGCCACCGCGAGGACGACGACCCAGACCCACACGGUCAUCACGAAGCAGACCAUACACCGCGAGGUUGUCCUGGGACUGGAGCAACCCGUGACCGACGCCGACAUCGACAUCGACACCGAUGUCGAUGUGGAGGUCAACGUCGAUGUGGUAGACGAAGGCAUCAAUUCCCACCCCGACCCCGAUCCCUAUCCAGAUGCGGAUGCGGAUGCGGAUGCGGAUGCGGAUCCGGAUGGGCAGGAAAAGAGCGGAGUGAAGCUGUUUGCCUCUGUUGAGGACAACAACUCGUACCUAAGCGAUGGCAGACUGUCCGAUCCAGAUCCAGAUCCAGAUCCAGAUCCUGAUCCUGAUCCUGAUCCGGAAGAUCUCGAGCAGCACCCUUACUCCGUGUCCAGCUCGGCGGCGAGGUCCUUGGGCAGCAGCAGCAGCCAGCACGAGGAGUCCAGUUCCCUGGAGGAGUGUCCCCCGCCCGCUGCGAGGCCUUCACCUCUCGGAGUGGCCAUUCCCAACGCGUACAUCGAACUCAACCAAGUCGAUCCGCACAUGCUGAGCAGGUACUACGGCACGUACAUGGCCGCAGCUGCUCGACGAGCCACUAUGGAGGCGUCCAAGACUGGACGGACGUCCUCGAUAACGCCACCUCCGAAGACGGAAAUAGUCUCACAGAAGCAGUAGAUCAGAUCAGACCGCCCACAUUUCCCACACUGGUUAAAUGUGACAGGGUCAAUAGAUAUACUGCAUAUACUAGUUCAUUUGAAGCCGACGACCCACCCUGCAAUACAAACACAUACAUACCUAAAUCGAUACUUGAUAAAUAGGGUUCUUCAGUGUAGUUUUAUAUGUUUUAACGAGCGUAAAUAAAUGUUAAACUAUUGUUAAACCUCGUAGGUUGCUAAAUAAGUUAGUGACUUGAUAAAACUCUGUACUGUAAAUCUAUCUCACUCAUCCCGAUAAUCACAAUUAAUAAAGUCCAAUUUUUAGUAUGGUCCU